GGCCGGUCUGUCAUGUCAAUGCAGUGACAUGUGCAAAGGAAAUUCCCAGUGCGCGUGCAGGAWAAAGCGGGAAUGGAUCUCACGCACAAACCGCGUUCACAUUGAUACGGUGGAAUAUAAAAAUAACAUCUGAAAAAUGACGCAAUAUGCUCUUGGAGGAUCAUCGGCUCACUGUCCACAGUAGAGAGCCUUCACCUUUUCCAUCCACCGUCUGGCCAUGAUAAUGUCUCUGAAUGGCUCAUGCCCUGUCCACCUGCAGAUUCUGCUGGCAGUGGGUCUGGCAGUGUUCUGCUUCUGCCUGGUGCUGGGCUGUCUAAUGUGUUGGCGGAGAGGGAAGUAUCAUCCAYCAGAGGACAAAGAGGCUGCAMURUCCCCUUCCUCAGCCACUUGUGAACGGGUUACCGUGACCCUGACCCCCUCCUCUGGCACCUUACCCAUCAAGCAGCAGUAUGAGGAGCUAGACGGGGAUGUCCUGGACCUCCCCUCCCCCAAUAACAGCUCCUCCCCCUCUGAGGAUGACCUCACCGCCCUGCCCUUUGAACCUCGCCCCCGGUCGUCCUCCUCCGAGCUGAGGUCCUCCCCCAGGUCCUGCUUUCCCAUGCGUCGCCUCAGCACCCCGGUUGUGUCCUCCUCCUCCCACUACAAGCCUUCAGGCCAUGGCCGUGCCUCCUUGCCCUCUAUCUCCAAACUGGGCCUAGUCUCCAAGACCCGUCGGGCGCUGGAACGCCGCUGCACCGUGUCCGGUGACAACUUCCUGUACAGCGAACAGAGCCGCCUGACCAGCCCUGGCAGUGCCAUGCAGUCUCCUGGCCCUCAGGGGGAGCUGUCCCAGCCACAGUACGGCUCCAGCUCCCUAUCCAUCCCCACCAAGCCUGCUCYUCUCCUGCACUUCUCCCUGCUCUUCUCCCCGGCACGGGGCACUCUGACCACCAACAUCAUGGGCCUAUCCGGGGCGGCACGGCGGCGCAGUGGGGUGUUUGUUCGAGCCAGCCUGCCCCCGCUCUGCCCCUCACCCCAGCAGGGGGCGUCUCGGCGGCUCAGCCUCAGCCCAGAGAUACAGUGCCAGAGCCUUGUGCUACAGGUGGGCUCUGUGGAGGAGCUCCGUGCCUGCACCCUCCGGCUGGCUGUGUUCAGCAGGGACUUCUCAGGCCUGAGAGAGACAGCGCUGGGGGAGCUGGAGAUGCCUUGUGGGGAGAUGGACUGGGAGCCAGACACAACUGUCCCCUACACCAGGGAGCUCACCCCCACCAGGAGUAGGCUGAAAAAGCCUCUCCCCUCCCAGAGUAUGAGUUCCCAGGAGAUGUUGGGUCGUAGGAAGAGUUCGCUCUGUGCUGCUCCACGGGCCUUGGGUCAGCUCUUCAUUCUGCUGCAGUACCAGACACUGGCCCACCGCAUCAAGGUGAUGGUCCGCAAGGCUGAGAACCUGGCCAAACUCUCCCGGAUGCCAGGAGCAGCAGAUCACUACGUAGUCAUCAACCUGCGUCAGGAUGGGAAGGUGAUCAGUACGAAGGAGACCAAAGGGGCGGGAGGACACAACGCUGUGUGGAACGCUCCCUUUCUCUUUGACCUGCCUGUUGGUGACAUCACUCAGCUGCCUCUUGCUCUGGAGUUCAUCAUCAUGCAGGGGCGGCUCUACACGAAGAGCAGCAUGCUGGGCCGUGUGUUGAUUGGCUGCGAGGCCCCAGAGGCAGGACAGGGACACUGGAGGGACAUGUGCAGUCAGGGACAGGUGGAGACAGCGCACUGGCACCCCAUCACACCAGAAGUCUUUUAGGACUUUAUAGCUGACCUUAUGGAGGUGUCAGGAGGGUCAGGACGUUGCUGGAGAGAGGACAGGGGAUAGAGGGCUUGCCAGACCUCUACCUGUGUCAGGUUGUCAGGACGUUGCU